AUGAUAUUUGUUUGGCCAAUCCUUUUCGCUUCUAGUUUGAUUCUUUAUUUCACACCUCCUCUGUUUAACCUCCCUCAAAUCGACUUAUCUCUGUUUGGUAAUGAUGUUGUUCUGUUUUUUAAUAUCGGGUUAGUUCUUGUUUUGAUCUAUGCUCUAUUUUAUAUCUGUUUGGACCCAAAAGCUGGUUCCUUGGCUGCUUUGCUUUGUACUUUCUGUUGGGUGACUAGUGGUUUUGUGGCUACUUGGCUUGGGUUUUCUCUUGCUUGGAAGGUUGUUCUGGUGGCUCAAAUAAUUUGUUGGACUGGACAGUUCAUAGGCCAUGGGGUCUUUGAGAAACGAGCCCCUGCUCUUUUGGAUAACCUCGUACAAGCCUUUCUAAUGGCUCCCUUCUUUGUGCUGCUGGAGGCUCUUCAAACCUCUUUUGGUUAUGAACCAUACCCAGGGUUUCAUGCUAGUGUUCAAGCAAAGAUUGACUCUGAAAGAAAAGCGUGGCAAGAGAAAAAGCAGAAGUUGCUUAGUUAA